UUAAUAAUAAUAAAUUCAGUUAGUCAUCAACUGUCAUUUGAAUCAUUUUACUUACUCAACAAUAAAUAUUCCAAUGACAUUAUUAAAAUUAAACAAUCAAAAUAUGUUUCAUAUUAAUUUAAUUUUUGUUAUAUUAUCUACAAUGUUCGUUAAUUUAGCAACAGCUGAAUUUUAUCAAGAUUGUGGUUCCCCCGCAGGUGUGAUUACGGAUGUGGAAGUAGAUGAAUGCAAACCUACCGAUAAAGUUUGUAUUUUGAAAAAAAAUACUAACGCUACAAUUACGAUUAAAUUUAAAACAAAUCAACCCACAGAAAGUGUAACUGCCGAUGUACAUGGGAUUGUUGCAGGGCGAAGUAUAGCAUUUCCAUUGGCUAACAGUAAUGGGUGUUUUAAGUCUGGAUUAUUAUGUCCAUUAGCCGAAGGUGUAGAAAAUACUUAUGAAAAUACUUUAGCAAUUUUGAAAGUAUAUCCAUCUCUAUCUGUUAAAGUGAAAUGGGAACUAAAAAAUGAAAAAGGUGAAGAUUUAGCUUGUGUUCUUAUUGCGGCAAAAAUUAAGACGUAGUGUAAAUUUUAAAUUUAGCUAAAAAAUGCUGUCUUUUUAUUGAU